AUUACCGCUCAGUCGGGUUGUGAACUGCGUACAGGCUCUGCAGCAGUGCAGAGUGUGCGCAAGCACAAAUAAAACAACUCUGGAUGAACAACCCUGCCAGUCAAAACGCAAAUGCCGGCCGAUGCCCGAUAGUCCAAGAUGGAGUCUUUAUAAGCAGUGAAGAAUCCUCUUCGUUACAUUGUUUUCUUCAGAUCUGCCACAACUCAUAAGCUCUAUCAAUAUCAAUUCCCCUAUUCUUAUACUGAAAAUCGGUAACACCAACACCAUGCAGAAUAUUUCACUCACUGAAGAUGUUAAAGAGAUCAUCAAUAAGUUGCGGAUAGUCGCAGCAGACUCGGAAGCAUGCGAGAUAUACAGAAACUCGAUUGGCUGGCAAUAUGGCGGUUACAAAAUUGAAGCUCAGCUCAACCAUUUGAAAGGUGAGUUGGAAAAGAAGAAGAAGAAGAAAAGCAAUAAUUGCAAGGUGGUCGAGAUAAAAAUGGUUCGUUUCCUUAGAAACGCCAACGUUGUCAAUCCAACAAACAAUUUGAUUUUGAUUCCGGUCAAUGGCGAUGCGCUUUUCGGGAAUACAACGGUAAUACCAGAUGAAGGAUAUUAUACAGACGAGGACCAACGACCGUUGUAUGGUUGUGGGGUGGAUGUUAUUAUUGUCGUUCUCUCUAGGAAGUAAGGAAGGUGACGUUUGAAAACAACGUCUGAAAGGAAU